AUGGCAGAGUUAUACUCGGGCCUCGAGAAGGUGCCCACCUACUACGACAGGAGAACUUGUACGUCGCUGGAAGAUUGGAACGAAGCUGUACGGAACUCUCGUGCCGUGUAUGUCGGCAACUUGAAUUACUUCACGACGGAGGAGGAGCUUUAUGAGCUUGCGAGCCAUGCGGGUUCGGUGGACCGAAUAGUGAUGGGACUGAAUAGGCUAACGAGGGCGCCGUGUGGAUUUGCGUUUGUAAUAUUUCGUUCUCCUCAAGAAGCCAAGGUAGCAGUUCAGAUCCUGUCGGGAGCCCAAUGUGACGGCCGCGUCAUUCGUGUUGAUCCGGACAGUGGCCGCGACAUCGACGGCGACAGAAAAUACGGAAGAGGUACGAGCGGCCGUCAGUGGAGAGACGAGUGGCGGGAUUUCUACGACCCAGGACGCGGAGGAGAUGGGGGAGAACGGGGGAAGCGUGCAAGAGAGGAGUUCGAAGCGUGCCUGAUGGCAUCUCAUUUGCCUCCUGUGGACCAGAUGGCCUAUGCGCGCAACACUAGACACCGAUGGGGGCCUGUAGGGCCCCGCGCGGGCAUUGGCAUGCCUUUUCCCUUCGAAGAAAGACGAUACAGUAGAGGAGGCCAGCCCCAACACGAAGGCCCGUUCGCGUACAACCGGAGACUUAGCCGUGGACGGCGUGGCUGA